CUCGCGCAUGCGCACGGCCAAGCUCGCCGGCUCCGCUCAACCUCCAGCGGCGAGUCGUCUGUUUACGUUGCAUACGUAAUUCACCCGGUCCGCGGGUAAGUCGCGCCAGUUCUCGCGCCGCCGGUGAGCUCGAGCGCGCGGACCAGCUGGUGACCGAGCAGUGGCUUGAGCGCGGGACCGACCGGCCGCCGGAGGAGAACUCAGGACCCUUGGCGUCCGGUCAUAACUAUGGCGGGACUUUUCGAAGGGCGCGACGAGUCGACCUUUCUAGGGCGCCCGGGCCGCCGCCACUGGCCCAGCACCAUCUAGACCUGCUCCGACGGACUCCGACACGAGCGAGUUUCGCGAAAAUUCCGAAUAAAACCGAACGACUUCUCCGAGGUGUGCCGUCAUUUUUCCCGCAAGAUCUUUCCUACUUCGUGACGGAAGUGGCGAGUGCACCGCCCCAGGGUUUGCCGGUGUCCGGGUAAUAACGUCGAUGAGUUACCACCGUGUACUGGCUGGAGCGCGACACGAGGCUAGAGGCCAGAAUAUGAGAUCAACGGUAUCACCGACGUGUCGUAGGGUGGCCUAGUAGCGAUGGUUGCCGGUCGGUGAGGAGACCAGGUCACCCGGCAUGGAGUUCGCGGGCUACAGGAGCACCGGGCCGCGCAUGCGCGCGCGCCGCCGCGCCGAGCUUGGCCGGCGUCUCACCAGGAGGCUGUCGCUCGUGGCGAAGAUGCCGGCCGCCAUCCUUAGCAGAGCCCAUCCGCCCGAGCCGCGACCCGUCGAGAUCACCGCGAUCGCUCCCGACAAGACACAGCUUACCCUACCAGCAGUUUCUCCAGGACCUGUCUCCUCGGUGGUCGCUCCGAUACUCUUGAAAUAUCGGGUUUGCCGACCCAGGUUGCUCCUGGCGGGUUCCAGAGCCGAAGUGGACCCUGCAGCCGAUGUGGCUCUUCUUCACGGUGAAGUCCUGCUCAUCGAGGAUUCUGCUCGGCAGUUGAACCCUAUUGGAGACACGGAUAGGAGAUACAGAGCUACGGAGAAACUUCUGCAUGCCGAAGAGGAGUAUCGCGAGACGCUUUGCAGUGCCAAGGAAUUGUAUGCACGGCCAUUGGCUCGGAGUUAUCCCGAAUUUCACGACGUCAUUUUCAAGCCAUUAGAUGACCUGGCUCGCGUGAGCGCCGACCUCUGUUUCAGGAUCCAGGGGACAUUCGAGAAUUGGGACGCCGGGACCUUUAAGCCGAGUGAAUUAUUUCCACCCUCCUUCUGGGAGUCUUAUUGGGAGUACUUGGAGAAGUAUGCAGAAGCCAGGAGGACUCUGGACCAGCUCAGGGCAUCCGAGGAUCCUCUUCUGCACUUCCUGAGGCUGAGGCAAGCUGCUGCGAGGCAUUCGCCGUCGUCCUUACUCCUUCUGCCGGUAAGUCCCUUCGUUAUACGCCUCUAAGACCGGUGCGUCGGUACCUACCUUAUCGGCCGAUGACUGUAAUUGAACUCGCGAUGCUCGAGCGAACGUUAAUGCAUCCACUCGUCAUUCUCGAGCUCGUACGAACUCCGACGGCGAGAGAUCUUGCGUCUCGAUACCGAGCUCAUCCUCAUCCUGGUUCUGGUCGUCAUACCUAUGCACGAACGCAGGAUCAAAGUCCAUCGGUCUCUCAAAGGCUUUCAGGUAGGUAACGAUAAUAACGGAGCGAUGCAUCAUGCGGAACGUACAGGUGUAACCAGCAAAUCCGAGGGUCGCGAAACCGAAUUUCAUCCGAAUUGGGGAAACUGCUCGAGUCGACAUUUUUAUCUUACUUAGGACCUUCAAUUGUAGCUCUUACAAUAAAUGGUUUUGACACGAUGUACUUGGAUAUGUUUGUGGUCCUACUUUAGACUUUAAAAGUGGCAGACAAUUCCGU